GGCAUUCGUCUCCCGGCCACCGUGAACGACGCACGUUACUGACUCGCGUGGGGCUACCUCUAAAACACUCUCGUAUAUUGGGACAUUAAUCAUAUUAUGUGUUAAGUGAUAAAAAAAAUAUCGUUCAAUAUGAAAGGCAGACAUCAAUUUCGCCGUAGAUUCAGUCUGCAGCCUUCCUUCAUGAAGGAAGAACACGAAGAAGAGAAGAAACACCACAGGGCUGAAAGAACAGAAGAUACAGUACCGAAUAGCGCCAAUCUCACUAAUAACGCAGUGAGGCACAAAAUCGUGGUACUAGGUGCGGCUAAAGUCGGCAAAUCUUCACUAAUCACACAAUUCCUAUACGGCGCUUUCUCGACCAAAUACAAGCGAACCAUCGAAGAAAUGCAUCACGGAGACUUCAAUGUAUCCGGUGUGAGGUUGACUCUCGACAUUUUGGACACGUCCGGAUCGUAUGAAUUCCCGGCAAUGCGUACCCUGUCAAUGCAAUCGGCCGACGCAUUCAUAUUGGUUUACGAUAUUACGGAUGCGAACAGCUUCUCCGAAGUCCGAGCUCUCAGAGACCAGAUACACGAAACUAAACAGAGCACGGCCGUUCCUAUCGUCGUCGUCGGUAACAAGGUCGAUCUGGCAGAGACGGGCGCGCGUCAGGUGGAGUUCCACACAACAGAAUCAGUAGUCACAGUCGAUUGGGAAAACGGUUUCGUGGAAGCGUCCGCCAAAGACAAUAUUAACGUAUCGCAGAUCUUCAAGGAGCUAUUGGUACAGGCGAAGGUUAAGUACAAUUUGUCGCCCGCGUUGAGGCGACGCCGGCGACAGUCGCUGCCGACAGGACCACAGGGCGCGCCGGGAACCAGCCCGACCCCAUCGACGCCGAGCCAUCAGCCCCACGUCCCCUCCGCGGCUCAGCUCGCGCACCUCCAACAGAUACGAGAGCGACACAGCAAACGCAAUUCGUGCAUUAUAUCUUAAAUUCUUUUAUAUCGUGCAGAUUUAGGACAAGAGGCAGUACGCGAAUUCCUUCACUGUAUCAGUACGCUCGACCUAAAUCUGCUAAGUUAUUUUAACAUCGAGCGUCGUUCAGAAAAGUGCGGUGUCGGCAACUAUAAGAUUAGACGUCAGUGUUCUCUGUGCAUAUCUUCUAGUAGAUAACAUUUUUCCUGAUGCAAAACACCGCACAGAAUCAGCCGAACGUACGCAUUAAUCUAUGAAUAACGUUUUUAUAAGACUUUUAUAUUCGAUUUACGUGUAUGUUGUCACUAUCUUCUAAAUUUUCAUCUAAAUACUGUCAAAUUUAAUUAUUAAGCUCUCGUAAUACAAAUACACUCAUGAUCCUAUAAUCUUAAUGGAUACGUGAUACUAUUCUCAGUUUACAGCCGCCUCAUAUCAUCGUUCCUCUAAUUCGAGUUGAUGUCUAGUAUUAAAACGUUUCUUAUGUGAUAUACCUAAGUUUAACUGUGAAUUACACAUUCCUAAACGUAGCUACAUUUUAAUAUAUGUGUCAUAUAGAGUAGAUGGAGUAUUAACGCCAAUGUUUAAUCUUUUAAGUGUUAGUAAACGAGUGAUGAAUUAGAAGAAAGUGAUAAUCUAGAAUGGAAACAGUGACUGGAUUGUUGUAAGGUAGUUCUAUUACGGUAAUCUAAUCUUUUAUAGAUUCAAUUAAAUAUAAAAUGUAUGUAAUAUGUUAUGAACUAAUUGAAGUUUUACUGGUGUCUCGUGGCAAUAUAAUUAGUGAAUUUAUUCAUAAUACAAUAAAAUUGGAACACAUAUAUUAGAUUUUAUUAACUAUAAAAAAUAAAGUUAUUAUUACAAUAUAACAGUUUUCAAGCUUUGAACGCACUGUCGAUUGAAAAUUCAACCUCAAACGCCUCUCCAACUAAUUAUAUGUAAUUGUAUUACGUCAACAUUUAACACCAAUCAAAAUAUAGGUAAUUUAGAAUUCUUGAGAAGUUAAUUACUUAAUCACUGACUCCUAGAGUACGUUAAGUGAAUUUUGUGUAGCCAAAUUAAAUAAUUUUUAUAAAAUGAAACAUUACUUUUUCAUUAAAUUAGUUAGAAUGUAUCGCGCACAUUUGAUUUGGUAAAGGCAUUUUGAUUCAGUAUUCUAUUCAAUUACAGAUUCAGGGGGAUGAAAAUAUAUUUUUAAUAUGGUAUUCGUUCUUAAAUGAUUUAUUUAUUAAAUAGAAGUAUAAUUAUGUAUUCAAUUCUGUAAAUAAUAGUCGAUGUAAUUACAUUUUAAAAGAAUUAAACAUCUUCGUAUUAUUAAUAAAAUUCAUCCAAAAAUACAUAUAUAUUGUAUGUGUAAGUCGGGUUAUUUCAACUGUAUGUACUUUAAUUUAUGUUUGGAUGUAACUUAUGUGUACCUACAUAUUGUAUAUGCAAAAUAAUAAUUAUAUAACAAUUAUAUAUGCAUACCUGUCACAUUACAUUUUAUAAACAUAUAAUGUUUUCUAUAUGUUUUCACAGUUAUACGUCCGCACUCAUAAGUUUAUUAAUUACUUCUUCUGACCUAAUUACCUGAAUUUAUUCUUGUUCUGCAACAACUUUAAUACCAUCCUGUAUUUUCGAUGAUAAUAGAAAAUUCAAUCGUGUCGCACUAAUAAAAAUGAAAACUAUUUUCCGAUGUGAAAAACAUGUAAGACUUUUUCUGAAGAAAUAAUUAAAUUGUUUACCAAC